AUGUCUGCCUCGCCUAACAACGACCUUCGUAGCGAAGCCAAACCGUACCUCCGUGAAAAGAACCACAACAAGAAGUGGGCAAGAGGGGCUCAAGAGGCUCCGGACCAUCACUGCCACAAGCACACAUAUCCUGAAGACAAUUGCCGCAAAUGCAUGGGCAGGCCAAAUCGCCGAGAUCAAGAUCGGAGGGUCGGUCGGUCAGAGGCCAAAUACAAGCAUAACCUCCAGAACAAGCUGAGCGGCCACGCCGCGACCUUGGCUCGCAAGGCUUUCCGCAAUGAAGUGGUCGAUGCCAUGGAUGGCCCUUUGGCUCAUGUCUCCGACACCUCUGAAGAGGAGGAAGUCCUAGACGCGUCUGAGGCCCCUGUUCCAGCUGAAGGAGACUUCAUGUACAGCUAUGACCACGCCACUGGCCCACGAGCCAGUGGAGAUAUUCUCAGCCAGGCUAUCAUCCAAGCUGUCCGACGAUUCGAGAACAACGAGACCGAGAAACUGAUCAGUGCGGAAUACAACGUCAUUGACGACAAGGAGAUGGCCGAGGUUUCUACAGAGGACGAUGACGACGAUUUCGAGCUCGUCCACUACUCUCACUUGAAGUGA